AUGACAUCAGGGCCGGAAAUGGCAAGACUUGUGAGCGAGUUUGAAGCUUCUAUGACAACAGAAGCCGAAGUUCAAGGAGCGGAUCCGGCCAUGAAGUACAAAGAAGCUUUCAAGUGUCAUUUUUCAAAGACGUGAAAUCGCUUGUCACAACGAUGAAAGAUUUUGGUUACCCUUUCCUGGAAGAAAGUAACGACCUUAUCGUUCUGGACACUAAGGAAAUUGCUGAGCCAGCUGCAGUUACAAUUCUACCUCAGAUAGAGGCCGUUGGUAAGGAGCAGUGUAACCAAUUCAUAACUGAACGUCUUUUAAAUCGAACAAAGUCACUGUAUGAUCCUAUCAAGAGAAACAAAGUC